AUGAGCCAAAGAAACAUCCACAUUCCAAGCCUUGGAAACACCAAUGCAUUCACCCGGACAUUGAGCAUAGAUGAUUUGAAGAGCUGUGUAAUCGUCGAGAGUGCAUUUACAGAGCAAGAGCGCUGCUCCGAAGAAAAGUUCCGUUACCGCCUCAGCUCAUGUCCAGAUCUAUGCCUGGGCCUAUUUGUCAACAACGAAGAUGAAAGCCCACCCACACUCAUCGGCCACGUCAUCGCUGUCCGCUCACCUUAUACGCUUGUGACAGACGGCUCGAUGUCCAUGCCAGAGGACUGGGAAUCAUUGCCGAAUGAUGAGCCUGUCUUCGUAAACGAUGAGCUAAUUGGCAACCACAAGUAUGGAGAUUCAAUUGCUAUCCAUUCAGUUGCUAUUUCUCCUGAUUAUCAGGGCAAGAGGGUCGGGAGGGCUCUUGUCAGUGCAUACACUCAGCAUCUUAAGAGGGGCUCUUUUGGAGCAAGCAGGGCUGUACUUAUUGCUCAUGACUAUUUGGUGAACUUUUAUGAGAGUGUUGGUUUUAAGAACCAGGGGUUGAGCAAGUCCAACUUUGCUGGGGGUGUUUGGUAUGAUAUGACAUAUGAGCUUUGA